CAGCCACUUGUGGUUGGUUCACAUUGAGGCGAACGUGCAGGAAGAAAUAAGAACCGAUUUAUUAUUCACUUGCUGUUAUCGAGCCAUCGUGAUUUUUUGAGGCGAUACAUAUAAAUAAUAAUGGCUGGAGAAAAAGCCGUGUCGACUGCUGCGAAGCCUCAGUUGCGUGGUCUACUGAAUUCAACCAUCAAGCGCAACCUGAUUGUGUCCCUGACUCUUGCUGCCAUCUCCGGUAUCGCCUUCAAGCAGCUUGUUGGAACUCAACGCAAGCAGAGAUAUGCUGAGUUCUAUAGGACAUACGAUGCUGAGAAGGAGUUCGAAGAAAUGAAGAGCAAGGGUCUGUUCCAAUCGUGCUGAACGACAAAUCUGUAGAGUAGUAUUAUUUUAAUUGCUGUGAAUACAUACAAUAUGUUAAAAUAACUUAAUAAAAUCUAAUACAUUUAA